CUUUAUCUCGGCAGUUACAAAAACUUUCGCUUGCCAUUUAAUCUACUAUUAGGUGCGCAUUAUGAAAAACCUGGAGGUAUGUAUUACAAUUAUGAUAGGAAACUAAAUAAAAUGCAAAAACGAUCACUUAAAUUCACAUGGCAUCGUCUACAAACGCGGAAUGGAGGCAAAAAAGUUGAAGCGGUUUUUGAAGAAGUUUACGAGAAGCUGUUGAAGCAACUACCAAUGCUUCGAGAUAUGUUCACAACUAGGACGUUUCUCUCGGCUAUGUCAAGAAACAGCGUUGCCACCUUACGUGAUCAUGCUCGAAUAACUGUGCGCAUGAUUGAUAGUGCAAUAAAAAGCUUUGAUGCUGAUCCAAAAAGAAGGAUGGAAUUUAAUGAGCUUGAACCUAGAUAUAUUGGUCGUGCACAUGGUAAGCUGCGCCCUUAUGGAUUUGUUGGGAACUUCUGGGAAAUCCUUGGCGAAACUAUUAUUGAUGUAGUCUUAGCACAAGAAGCUGUACGAGAUUUACCAGGUGCCGGCCAAGCUUGGGUGCUAUUUACGGCUUGUAUUGUAGAUCAGUUAAGAGUCGGGUUUGAUGAAAGUCGGAAUUUUGCUGAAGACCUCCUGGUGCGCAAAAGUUCAAUAACCAGUGUGUCAGAAGAAAUUCGAGAUUCUUUAGAUUCUACGGACAGUAAUAUUCUAGAAUAUAUACCAGAAGCUCAAGUAUGUGGUCUAAUUAGUGGAUUUUUUGAAUUGAAAAGUUAUUUUACUUCUCUGUAA